CCGACCCGGGAAGGUUUGAAAGCAGCCGGGCCCAGGUGACGCGGGUAUAGAUGGGGCGGUUGCCAUGGCGACGCGCCGCGCACCUCGGAAAUAAAUAAAUAAGCCGCCGGUGUUGCAGCAGCCGCGCCCCCGCGGGACGCCCGCGCCGGGGAGGCAGCCCCGCGGGUCCGAGUCCCUGCUGCCCGCGCGUGCUGGAGUUGGCGGAGCCGGGGGUGGGCACCCCCGGGGGCGAAUGGUACAGUCCUCCGCCCGCGCCCCGGCCGGCCCGCAGCCCGCGAGCGCGCGCCGGGCUCAGCGCAGCCGCUGCCCGCCGUCCGCCGCGUCCGAGACAGCGAUGGAGGGGGUCAGCAGCCACCGGAGUCUGUCCUACAGCCGCUGGAGCUACGACAGCGUCUUAGAUGAUGAGGGAAGCAACCUGCGGCAGCAGAAGCUCGAGCGGCAGCGGGCCCUGCUGGAGCAGAAGCAGAAGAAGAAGCGCCAGGAGCCCCUAAUGGUGCAGGCCAACGCAGACGGGCGGCCCCGGGGCCGGCGGGCCCGGCAGUCAGAGGAGCAGGCGCCCCUGGUGGAGUGCUACCUCAGCAGCAGCGGCAGCACCAGCUACCAAGUUCAAGAGGCCGACUCACUCAGCAGUGCGCAGCUGGGAGCCGCCCACCCACCAGCACCAGCCUCAGCCAAGAGAACCAAGGCGGUGACCACGCCAGGGAGCCAGGGUGGGGCCUCCAGGAAGGAGAAGAAGGGGAAGCACAAAGGCACCAGCGGGCCAGCAGCCCUGGCAGAAGACAAGCCUGCGGCCCAAGGCCCAGUGCAGAUCGUGACUGUGGGCCACUCAGACCAUGCCCAGGACGCGGGGGAGACGGCCGCUGGCGGGGACGCUCGGCCCAGCGGGCAGGACCUGCGCGCCACGAUGCAGAGGAAGGGCAUCUCCAGCAGCAUGAGCUUUGACGAGGAGGAGGAAGAGGAGGAUGAGAACAGCUCCAGCUCCUCUCAGCUGAACAGCAACACCCGCCCCAGCUCUGCGACGAGCAGGAAGUCCGUCAGGGAGACAGCGUCUGCCCCGAGCCCAGCGGCCCCGGAGCCGCCUGUGGAUGUGGAGGUCCAGGAUCUGGAGGAGUUCGCGCUGAGGCCAGCCCCCCAGGGCAUCACUAUCAAAUGCCGCAUCACCCGGGACAAGAAGGGGAUGGAUCGGGGCAUGUACCCCACCUACUUCCUGCACCUGGACCGUGAGGACGGGAAGAAGGUGUUCCUCCUAGCGGCAAGGAAGAGGAAGAAGAGUAAAACAUCCAAUUACCUCAUCUCUGUGGACCCAACAGACUUGUCCAGAGGCGGGGACAGCUAUAUCGGGAAACUGCGGUCCAACCUGAUGGGCACCAAGUUCACCGUGUAUGACAACGGAGUCAACCCUCAGAAGGCGUCAUCCUCGACCCUGGAGAGCGGGACCCUGCGGCAGGAGCUGGCGGCCGUGUGCUACGAGACCAACGUCUUGGGCUUCAAGGGGCCUCGGAAGAUGAGCGUAAUUGUCCCUGGCAUGAACAUGGUUCACGAGCGAGUCUCCAUCCGCCCCCGGAAUGAGCAUGAGACGCUGCUGGCACGCUGGCAGAACAAGAACACGGAGAGCAUCAUUGAGCUGCAGAACAAGACCCCUGUGUGGAACGACGACACCCAGUCCUACGUACUCAACUUCCACGGGCGCGUCACCCAGGCCUCGGUGAAGAACUUCCAGAUCAUCCAUGGCAAUGACCCGGACUACAUCGUGAUGCAGUUUGGCCGGGUAGCAGAGGAUGUGUUCACGAUGGAUUACAACUACCCGCUGUGUGCACUGCAGGCCUUUGCCAUCGCCCUGUCCAGCUUUGACAGCAAACUGGCCUGCGAAUAGAGGCCGCCUCAAUCUCCUUGGGUUGCCCAGCCUGGAGUGGAGCUCACCUGCCUGCCUGCAGAGAUGGCCCUGCCUACCCUGUGUACAUAGGUCUUCCGCCAGAGGAAGCCAUGGCCCAUGGUGGGCUUCCUGGCCCAGCCAGCCAGGAACUCGCUCCUCUGCCUCUGUGGCUGAGGCAGUGGAGUAGGAGUGAGUGUUGGGAUGAGAGAAAUUUUGUGCCCCAAUUCUCGGGUUAGUAUUCUGCUGCAGCUGCAUUUGCCAAGCUGGGCA